AUGUCUGGGAGGUGUUGUUUCUGUGAAGAGCAGACAUUAAAAUAUUGUUUCAUAAGAGUGAUAGAUCUUGUCCAGUGCCCUUCGACAGACCAGGUGAGAGUCAGAGUACUCCAUAGACGUCCAACUGUCACUGCAGUUUGGAUGUGUGAAAGAAGACUUUUCAGAUCUCAACUGAAGUGACCAGAACAUGACAUGAGUCUGAUGUAGACAAUCUACUGCAGGGUUCUUCAAUUCCGGUCCUGGAGGGCCGAAACACUUCUGUUUUUUAUUUCUACCUGGUAGUUAAUAGCACUCACCUGGUGUCCCAGGUCUGAAUUAGCCCCUGAUUAGAAGGAGAGGAUGAAAAACAGAGGUGUUUCGGCCCUCCAGGACCGGAAUUGAAGAACCCUGAUCUACUGUAUAUGCAUCAGAACGUGAUAACAUCUGUAUUUUCACCUGUCUGAAACAAUCCUCUGUCAUUAGGGGGAGUGUUAGCCCAUGCAGACAACCCUGAGUCGGGCAUUGUGCAUUUUGACAAAGACAAGUAGUGGACAGAGGGGAAGUCUUCUGGCUGUAACCUGAGGAUUGUAGCAGCCCAUGAGAUUGGUCAUGUCCUUGGCCUGGGUCACUCUCAAUACCACAAGGCUCUAAUGGGACCCGUUUACCCUGGUUACCGUGCCAGCUUCAAACUAAAUCCUGAUGGCAUCUGUGGAAUCCCAGCUCUCUAUGAUGGGGGCUGGAUAAUUAGUUAUUUUAUUUGAUUAAUACAGAUUAUGUGAUCAAUAUCUGAUAAGACAUAAAAUAAUUCCGUAGUAAGACUUCAAUUUCCUGUGGAUGUGUAUGUAGAUGAUAAAGACACGUUCAAGACGUUAUGUGUUUGAAACCUUUGCCUUUUCUGUUCUUCUUUAGGGAAGCCAGCCAAUCGUCCCACAGUAUCCAGAAAGCCAAAUCAUCCAACCCUAGAGGCAGGUCCGCCACAUUCUUACAAGGGUACCAUGGAUGCAAUAAUGUUAGGUAGGUACCGUAAAGAUUUAAUCCCAAUUUCUGUCCUACAAACACAAUGUAAACUCUAUAUGAAACUGCAAAAUAGCACUUUCCUUAGGAUAUACAGUAUUUACAAGUGUUUGUUUGUCUGACAUUUAUCCACCACCCAGGUCCUUUUCGCAAGACAUACGUCUUAAGCGGUCAGUAUGUGUGGACAGUGUCUGACACUACUGGUUACAACACACCCAUCCUGAUCUCUGUGCUGUGGAAAGAUCUUCCAGGGAGCCUCAAUGCAGCUGUUUACUCUCAGAGGACCAACAAGUCCUACUUCCUAAAAGGUAUACCUUUUUGCCCUGAAUCACACGGUUCCUAGCCUGGUCCCAAAUCAGUUUGUGCUGUCUUGCCAACUUCGUUGUCAUUACCAAACAUUGUUCUACCUAUACAUAGGAGUCGACAAAACAUCACACAGAUCUUGGACCAGGCUACGCUGUCCCCUUUUCAGUUCUGGAAUUUUUCUCAGUAUUGUAGUUUUCAUGUGUCACUGUCAUGUUCUUUACUCAGGAGACAAAGUGUGGUGAUAUACAAGAUUCAAAAUCGACAUUGGCUUUCCCAAACUUGGCCAGCAUUCAUUCUAAUGUCAAUUCAGCCUUGUACUUUAACUGGAAAAACAAAUUCAUAUUAUUCAAGGUAAGGAGCAAACCAACAAACAAACAAACAAUGGUUUUGGGAUAAUAUGUGAGCAUGUAACACACCCUCUAGUCUAAACCAUUUCAGAAUGAGUGGGAUGUAGCGACCAGAUAAUAGUUACAUUUUGUUCUAUCCCUUAGGGUUCUCAGUAUUGGCAGUGGGCUGAAGCUAGGGCAAUGGAUUCCAGCACAUAUCCCAAACCCAUCUCACAUUUCUUCUCUGGGGUACCCUACAACCCGAAUGCUGCCUUCACAUGGACAAACAGCCAUAUAUACGUUUUCAAA